AUGAUCCUCGCAAAUUUUGGAAUUAGUGCGAAGUCAAAUUCUGUUACUCCUAUUAGAAGGUCGUCUCCAUCACGUUCCUUCAUCAAAUACUACAAAAAUGCAUUACCUGACUUCCGUCAUGCUUGUACACCCAAGAAGGAUCUAAAGAAUAGUAAAGACCCUCCCACCAUUUCACUGGUAAACGGCCUACAUGAGGAGUUGUGCUCGAACCGCCGAAGAAAGUGCCCGUGA